AUGGUUGGUGAAGAAGAGGACUACUCUGCUGCUUUACAGCUGUUUCGAGAACGCAGUAUUGCGCAAGUUAGGGACUAUGAUUUGGAAUUGUCCUCGAGGGUGACCAGAAGCUACGAAAGAUUCACUAGGGAGUUGCAAACACAUUAUAAAGAUAUAUUGAAGGUAACAGAUGAAGUAGAUCGAUUAUAUGUGGAUUUGAAGGAAGGCGAUGCAAUGUUUAUGGACCUUUGCUUCAAAGAUGACCUUUACAAAUUAAAUAAACUAGCGGAUUAUCAAGGUGAAACCAAUAGGAGCUCCAGUUUACCCAUUGAGACGCAUUUAGUGAGUGGGGGACAAUCCCAGACCCUGCUUGUAAUUUCUUCGUGGGUGCUUGCAAUCUCAGAUCUCAUUUCAAGGUUCGCGACUUCGACGUCAGCUUUGAAGCUAUUUGACAGUGUUAUGAGCGAGUUUGACGAGUUGAAAGUGGCAUUAGAGGAUGACAUGGCGUAUGAAACUAUUAUCAAGUCUAAGUGCGAGGCGUUCUUGCAGUUUGUCUGCUCGUCAGACAUUAAUUUGACCAUCUCGCAGUGGAUACGCAUUUAUAAUUUGGCUCUAAAUGACGGGAGGCAGGUCUUCCCAUGGAAAGUCGAAAGUAUUGAGCAGUUAGAAAAAGUUCUGUUUGAAGCGGUCUUCAGGGAGAAUCUCGAUACGCUGUUGGGCAGCGACGAUGAAUUGAUCGCAGAUUUCGUCGCCACAAGGAAGUUCAAAGAAGCUUUGAAUAAGAAGCUACUAAAAGAUAGCCAGACAUUAUUUGAGCGGUUAGAUAAGUUGAUAGAAUCGGAUACCCCAGAUUCCCCGAUUCUAGCGUUCCCCGAGACUUGCUUAACUACAAUCAACAUCCCAGAAAUAGUACAGGAGUCUCAAUACUACUCAAUGGGGCUUGUCACAAGACAAAAAGUUCAAUGGUAUAAGAUUAUCACACCCUUAACGGGAAUCAUAGAGAAGUUGCAGCAUCAUGGUGGCACAUCACAGGCAAAAGAACUACGAGAGAGUCUUGUUAAAAAGCUACAGCAGCAGAAACCAAUUAAAACAUCUCAGGACGACAAAUCAGCAUCUAUGAGCGACGUUGUUUCCAGAAUGAUAGACCAGUACAACGAUGCCAAAUUUACUACAAUGGUAGAAUCCAAGAUCCGAUCGCUCACGGAGAUUAUGUAG